AUGUCAUGACGUCACGGCACCUUCAGGAAAGAGAAACCCAGGAGUCGCGAUCAACUCAGGCUGAUAAAUGUUUCUAGACUGGAUAGCAAGACAAACAUUUACACAGUGAAGACCCCGAGUUGAACUUUAAUCAGAGUUUGUGUGCUUUUUAGACUGUCGUGCUGCUCUUCUCUGGUUACAAACACGAUGUCUGCCUCCGCUAUAUUCGUGCUGGAUCUGAAGGGGAAGGUGUUGAUUUGUCGGAACUACAAAGGUGAUGUGAACAUGGCGGAGAUCGACCACUUCCUGCCUUUACUCAUGCAACAGGAAGAGGAGGGGCUUCUCUGCCCUGUUCUGUCACACGGCAACGUCCACUUCAUGUGGAUCAAACACAGCAACCUCUACCUGGUGGCCACUACUAACAAGAACUCCAACGCCUCCCUUGUGUACUCCUUUCUAUACAAAAUUGUCGAGGUGUUCACAGAGUACUUCAAAGAGCUGGAGGAGGAGAGCAUUCAGGAUAAUUUUGUGGUUGUCUACGAGCUGCUGGAUGAGCUUAUGGACUUUGGAUUCCCUCAGACUACCGACAGCAAGAUCCUACAGGAAUAUAUUACUCAGGAAGGUACCAAGCUCGAGGUGGCAAAGUCCAAGGUGCCGACCACCGUCACCAACGCCGUCUCCUGGAGGUCAGAGGGUAUCAAAUACAAGAAGAACGAGGUCUUUAUUGAUGUCAUUGAGUCCAUCAACGUACUGGUGAAUGCCAAUGGCAGUGUGAUGAGCAGCGACAUCGUGGGCAGCAUCAAGCUGAAAACCAUGCUCUCUGGGAUGCCUGAGCUGCGACUGGGCCUCAACGACCGAGUGCUCUUUGCUCUCACCGGACGUGACAAAGGAAAAACAGUGGUGAUGGAAGAUGUAAAGUUCCACCAGUGUGUCCGUCUCUCUCGCUUUGAUAGUGAUCGAACAAUCUCCUUCAUUCCUCCAGACGGGGAGUCUGAGCUCAUGUCUUACCGCAUCAAUACCCAUGUGAAGCCUCUGAUAUGGAUUGAAUCAGUCAUAGAGAAAUUCUCUCACAGUCGAGUGGAAAUCAUGGUUAAGGCAAAGGGACAAUUUAAAAAACAGUCUGUGGCAAAUAAUGUGGAGGUGAGGGUCCCCGUCCCCAGUGACGCUGACUCCCCCAAGUUCAAAACCAGCACAGGCACAGCCAAAUACGUGCCUGAGAAGAACAUGGUGGUGUGGACCAUCAAGUCUUUCCCCGGAGGUAAAGAGUUUCUAAUGAGAGCUCAUUUUGGUCUGCCAAGUGUGGAGAACCAUGAGCUAGAAGGGAAGCCUCCCAUUACAGUGAAAUUUGAAAUCCCCUACUUCACAGUCUCAGGAAUACAGGUGCGGUAUAUGAAGAUCAUUGAAAAAAGUGGUUAUCAGGCUUUACCAUGGGUCCGGUACAUUACACAGAGUGGAGACUACCAGCUGAGGACUAAUGUGUAAAACCUGCCAGAAGAACAUGAAUAAUCACUCUAACUGGACUGAAAGAGUCUUUUAAAUUUCAGCAGCUCAAUUUAAUGUCAGCUAUUUUGUUUUAUGAUAUCUGUGUGCAGCUUGAUUUUAAUGUGUUCAAUUGUGGGACAACUGCAAAUUAUUUAAAUGCUUAAUGAAAUGAUUCAUUUUAAAACAAAUCUUUACAACUGG